UCUCUCAAUUUUCAAGUCUUUUUGUUUUCCUUCAUUUCAAUGAGUAUAUAAAUGAGCCAAGGCCACAAUAUCUUCAACACCCAAAAUUAGUAGUUUCACCAUAAAAGGCAAAAAAAGAAAUACAUUAGGCCUAUAAAGAAUAUUCUCAAGACAUAAAGAGAAUUAAUUUGUUGAGUGCAUCAAAAAAAUGGAUUUUGAUUCUCCUCUCUUCCAAAACCAAAACCAAAAUUUUCUCUACUUCCCUGAAAAUUCCUACGCUAGUAAUUUCUCAUGGGAAUUAGAAGAUUUCAUUUUCUUCAAUGAUGACAUCAACAACAAUACCCUUACGAAUGAAUCAAUAUCAUUAUCAUUAUCAUCCAAUGAUGAAUCCAACUCUUCAGGAUCCAUACUAAGCAAUGAGUCACAAGAAGUGUCAUCCAAUAAAACAACAUACACACAAGUGAAAGAGAUACAAACAUUAACAACAACAACAAAGGAAAUGACCAAAAGGGUGUUUAGAGGAGUAAGAAGAAGGCCUUGGGGAAAAUUUGCAGCUGAAAUAAGAGAUUCAACAAGAAAAGGUGUUAGAGUAUGGAUUGGAACAUUUGAUACAGCUGAAGCAGCUGCUUUAGCUUAUGAUCAAGCAGCUUUUUCAACAAGAGGGUCAUUGGCAGUGUUGAAUUUUCCAGAGGAAGUUGUCAAAGAAUCACUCAAAGAAUUGGCUACUAAUUUUAAGCCUUUCGAAGAAGGUACUUCCCCUGUAUUAGCACUCAAGAGAAAACACAUCAUGAGAAAAAAGUCAAAUAAAUUACCUACUAAAAACAAAAUCAUCAAGAGGGAUAUUGAUCAAAUUCAGAUUCAUAUUGAGGACAAAACUAAUUCACAAAAUGUAUUAGUGUUUGAAGAUUUGGGUGCUGAAUAUCUUGAGCAACUAUUGAGCUUGACUUCUUAGCUUUCAUUUUCAUUUUCUUUUUCUUUUUUGUUUAGUUUCUUAGCUUUUGGAAUUUUUCAUCAACUUGGAAUUUCUUAAUUCAACUUGGAAUAUUUCAUCAUUAUCACCAUCAUCAUCUCAUUUCUUGAUUUUUCUUUAUACCGUUGUUCUGUAAAGGUAAAGAAAACUUUACAAAGUACAUGUAAUUAUAUAUGUUUUGGGAAAAUUAAUGAUGUAUUGCACAUGAUAAUUUUAUUA